UUAGUGAGCGGUGCUAUUUCUGGAUAAAUCCAUUAAUCCCACACAUGUGUCACUAUAAAAUCCAACCCAUUCGUUAUCACACGUUAUCCAUACUAUUUAGAGGAUUAGUUUUGUUAGUUCGAUAAGGUCUCUUAUUGGCACUGUGUUCCAAGUUUCAAGAAAGGUUUUAUCAGGUUUUAUGGCAAGCAAUGGAGCUACUAGCUACAGCUAUGUGAUCGCAACGUAACCGUCAAGAGCACAGAGCGUUUCUUGAAGUGAAAAUUUAGUUUGUCAGUGAAAUGGUAUAAAAUUGGCUAUUACCAUUACGAGCGAAUAACGUUACGCGCCAAUAAUGCAUAAAUUAAAUCUUAACGCAUGUCAGAAUUAUGCGUACAAUCGAUCAGAAGAUACGUGUAUUUGGGGCAGAGAACGUAUCCUUCUCGGUCGAGUGACCGAUGGAUAUUUGAUAGACGAAAAACCUUACUAUUAGUUAAGAAUCGAUCGACGUGUAUAUUUGAAUUAGUCUGAAACAGUCUGAAAGGAAUAUGUAAGAACAAAGUGUCUUAUUCCACGACUCUCGAAUUUUCGUGCGAAAUAUCACGGAUACACGAAUGGAAUCAUACGACGAUACAAUGAGUUUUACAUUAAUUUCAUUCAUCAAAAUCGAUCAGAAACGAGAAGAAAGGAACUAUAAGAUAUUUAAAUAAACCUUAACAAGACUGUCAUUCAAUGAAUAAGUCGAGUAUUUGCAAAUUCGAGAUAUAUUACUCGCAUACCUGUUAUCAGGCAUGGCAGUUGUUUGGAAGAGUAUAAAAGUUAAAUAUAUAUUUGCUUGCAUUUUAAUUAAUUUUAUCAUCGCGUGUUUGAUAAAUAUUGCUCUUAUAAGUAUAGAUGAAUGCGAAUGUGAAAUAGUUACGCAGUCAAAUCAGUACAAUAAUAAGAAUAAACAGGAGGAUAACGAUGAUAAAAGUUAUAAAAAAUUGUCCCAUCGGUUAGCUAUACUUGUGCCAUUUAGAGAUCGUUUUGAAGAGCUACUAAUAUUUGCUCCCCAUAUGAAGAAAUUCUUAGAUAAACAAAAUAUAGAUUAUCAUAUAUUCAUACUCAACCAGGUUGAUAGGUUUAGAUUCAAUAGAGCCUCUCUUAUAAACGUAGGCUUCCUUGAAGUUAACAAAGAAUUUGAUUACAUAGCUAUGCACGAUGUAGAUUUAUUGCCUAUAAACGAUGAAUUAUUAUACUCUUUUCCUGCCAAGGGGCCCUACCAUGUAUCUUCUCCAGAAUUACAUCCUAGAUACCACUACCCGACAUUUGUUGGGGGCAUAUUACUUAUUAAAAGAGAACAUUUUAUACAAGUAAAUGGAAUGUCUAAUAAAUAUUGGGGUUGGGGUCUUGAAGACGAUGAAUUCUAUGUUAGAUUGAAAGAAGCAAGUUUGACCGUUACGAGACCACAAAAUGUAUCUACUGGAACCCAUAAUACAUUCAAACAUACGCAUGACAGGAGUCAUAGAAAACGAGAUAUGAUCAAAUGUUACAAUCAACGAGAAAUUACUCGAAAACGAGAUCGUCAGACCGGCUUAAAUAAUGUUUCUUAUAAAAUAGUAGGUACCAUUGCAAUGACUAUUGGGGACACACCAUUAACCGUCCUUAAUAUUUCUCUAAUGUGCGAUAAGUCGGGUACACCUUGGUGUGAAUGUGAUAAGGUAGUGGGAUCUAAAGAUGGAAAAUCAAAGGAGAAAAAAAAAGUCAAUAAUAACAAGUCUGCCACUGCAUUGUAACUAUAUCGAUCAAAACUGUAUUAAGUAAAUACAUAUGUAUAUAAUUAAAUAAUUAUAUAGAAUUACUACACUAUCAAUCAAUUCUUUUAUAAUCUUUUAAACACAUUAUACCGUAAUGUUACUGAUAAUAAUUAAUUAACAAUUUAAAAAAGAAACAGACAUCUGGUGAAAACUAUUUUGAUUUAAAUUUGUAGCAGACUUGUUUUCCUUAGUAAAAGAUAAAUCUUAUUAAUGCAGAAGAAACAUCAGAUCUAUUGUGAUAGAUAAUUAUGUAUUAAAACAUAUGCGAAUAACGAUUUAAUGCUGUAAUUCGCUGAUUAAAAUGGUCUUUUAUAUUACACAUAAUAAUGUUUAUACAUAUAUUUACAUCGGAAGUGAGAGCGUGAAAUGGUAUUAUACAAUAAAUAUAAUUGUAAGUGCACAAUGGAUAUUGUACAAUGAUACAGAAGGAAACCUGUCUAAGCAUUUACGAUUUUAAUAUUACAUUUCCUAGUUUGAAUGUGGUAAA